AUGAGUAACAUUGCCAUGCGUGUUGUGUGGGGCUGUUGCAAAAACUAUAGAGGUCAGCUCACAGCUAUUCCUUCACAUCAAGAGAUUCAUGAUACUCUUAAGAGCAUGGAAAACAGGAGUGCACUAGGUCCAGAAGAUUACAUGCCAAUUGGGCUAUGUAAUACCUCAUAUAAGAUUAUAUCAAAGCUCAUUGUUCAAAGACUCAAGCCAUUAAUGGAGAAAAUCAUCUCUCCUUAUCAAGCAACAUAUGUCUCUGGGAGGCUUAUAAGUGACAAUACUGUCAUAGCCCAAGAAAUAAUACACUCUAUGAAAAAGAAAAGAGGGCAAAUAGGAUGGAUGGCUCUAAAGUUGGACAUGUCUAAAGCCUUUGACAGACUUGAAUGGGAUUUCUUGAUUAAGGUUCUCAGACAUCUCUCCAAUGCUCAGCAUAAUAACUCCAUUAAAGGCAUUAAAGUGGAUGCUAGUUCUCCAGCCAUUAAUCAUCUACUCUUUGCAAAUGACUGCUUUAUUUUCACUCAAGCAACUGUUACUUCAGCUAAUAAUCUUUUGGAUCUUCUCCACAACUUCAACACACAGUCAGGUCAGGUGAUAAACUUUGAUAAGUCUUCCAUACGUUUCAGCAAGAAAACUAAUCCUGAAUUGGUUGAUACAAUCACUCAGCUAAUGGGUGUCAAGCAUAUGAGUUCUAAAGAAAAAUAUCUUGGUUCUCCACUGCUUCUGGGUCAUUCAAAGCAAGAGGAUUUUAAAUCAAUUGAAGACAAUUUCUUGAGUAGCUACUCCUCUUGGUCCUCUACUUCUCUUACUCAAGCUGGAAGGUCCACCAUGAUCAAACAUGUUCUCAACUCAGUACCAAUUUAUCAAAUGGGUACUUAUAAAUUACGUUCACAGCUAAUAAACAAGUUAACCACUAUCCAAAGAAGGUUUUUCUGGGGGCAUAAUUCUAAUAGGGGUUCCAAUCCUUUGGGUUGGCACAAAGUUUGUAUACCUAAAGAAUUAGGUGGUUUAGCCUUUAGGGAUCUUGAGAAGCUAAAUUUGGCUCUCCUUACUAAGCUGGCAUGGAGAUUGUAUAAUGAAAAUGAUUCUCUUUGGACUAACAUCAUGAGAAGCAAAUACUUUAAAAAUGGAGACAUUCUACAUCAAGAGUUGAAGGCUGGUAAUGGUUCUUAUACUUGGAAUGGAAUUGUCAAAGGAAUUCAGGUGGUAAAACAAAAUUACUUCACGGAAGUUGAUAAUGGUAAAAAAACCAAAAUCUGGCUGGACAGAUGGAUUCCAGGCAUGAUUUUUCCUCCUGUUCCAAUCAAUGACUUAUUCAGAUUUUAUCAGAAUGUUGAAGAACUUAUACUUCCUGAAACUAAUAUAUGGAAUGAUGACUUGCUCCAUAAACUCUUUGAUAACAACACUGUUCAGAAAAUUUUAAGUAUCAUUCUUGAUACUUCAAAAGAAGACACAAUGCUUUGGAUGCCAGCUAGAGAUGGUAAGUUUUCUGUGAAGAGUACAUACAAGCAUCUUACCUUGACCACUUCAGUUGUUCAGGUUAAUGGCAGAAAUAUUGAAAACAAAAUAUGGGGAUUAUUGUGGAAAACAAAUACUGCUCACAGAAUUAAACUGUUUUCCUGGAAGUGUAUCAGAGACCUGCAUAACACCAGAUAUAAGUUAUCCACUUAUAAUGAGAACAUUGCUCCUCAUUGUGUUAUCUGUGGAGGGGGGGAAGAAACAAUAGAACACCUGUUCUUUGAAUGUGACUAUGCCAAGAAGAUCUGGAGGCUUUUAAGUGUGAAUAUUGACACAGUUCACAGUACUCAUCAUUAUGUGUCAGAGUGUGAUGCAAUUUUUCAGGGAGUAUCUCUCAACUCUGUUAGCUCCAUACAUAAAAUAACUUAUCAUAUGCAUUCUCAUUUUCAUGAACCUCUAAGCAAUAACAUUACUCUGAAUAUCAGCAUGAUCUCUCAAUGGAAACCACCCUUACAUAAUAUUCUUAAGCUCAAUGUUGAUGCCUCAUUUUGUCAUACUACUAAAACACUUGGAACUGGUGUUGUUUUGCGCACAGGUACAGGAAGCUGUGAAGGAGUUAAAGGAAGCUUCUCAAAUGGAGUUCUGAGUCCAGAAGCUAGGGAAUGCAUGGCCAUACGUGAAGCUUUAACUUGGGCAAAUGACAGGAGGCUUUUGAAGAUUCACAUAGAGGCUUAUGCAUAG